UAUGGGCUGCCCAAGAUGGCGUCUGGUGUGUGGCGCCUGAGAAGAGGGGGUUACCUGUAAACAGUGACGGGAGGGGAGUCCUCUGUCUCCUCGGGAGAUCCUGCUGCCUGUGCCCAGGAGGGCUCCUCAGCGGGUGUGCUCAGGUUGGGGGCUAUGGUGAUGCUGGGCUGCGCCUCUGGUUCUCUUUAAGGCAGCAGCCUCCCUGGCCAUGGCUCUGAGGGAGCUGAAAGUUUGCUUGCUGGGGGACACUGGUGUAGGCAAAUCAAGUAUUGUGUGGCGAUUUGUAGAAGACAGCUUUGACCCUAACAUCAAUCCAACAAUAGGAGCAUCUUUUAUGACAAAGACUGUGCAGUAUCAAAAUGAGUUGCAUAAAUUCCUAAUCUGGGAUACAGCUGGACAGGAACGAUUCCGUGCUUUAGCACCAAUGUACUACCGAGGCUCAGCAGCAGCUAUUAUAGUUUAUGACAUCACAAAAGAGGAAACCUUCUCAACAUUAAAGAACUGGGUGAAAGAACUUCGACAACAUGGGCCUCCAAACAUUGUUGUAGCUAUUGCGGGAAAUAAGUGUGACCUUAAUGAUGUAAGAGAAGUCCUGGAAAAAGAUGCUAAAGACUAUGCAGAUUCCAUCCAUGCCAUAUUUGUAGAGACCAGUGCUAAAAAUGCAAUUAACAUAAAUGAACUCUUUAUAGAAAUUAGUCGUAGAAUUCCAUCAACUGACACCAACCCCCCAUCUAGCAGUAAGGGCUUCAAACUUAGAAGACAGCCUUCAGUGACAAAACGCAGCUGUUGUUGACUGAUACUUUAGAAAAUCAGACUUGUUUUGAAAGUAGGUGGUCUUGGAAGCUAAUAGUUUAUGUUGGGUAUAUAUUAUUGGUCUUAGAACUUAUCUGCCUGAUGUUCAUACUUCAAGGUCCCAUAAAAAUGGACCAACUCAUCUGACAUCUGUAUGCUCACAGAAGAGACUGCAGUCAUGAUAAUGUCAGCCUGUUUGUUUACAACAUGUAUAGUGUCUCUUGUAUUCAAAGGGAAUCCAUCAUCAGUUCUUUGGCCUUGCGUGAAAGGAAUGUUGACAUGUGGCUGGUAGGACUGAAAUGUUUAAUAGUUUUGUAAUCAACAUGAUAUGUAAUGUUUUUUGUAAAAGGGAAAUGAGCACUUUCGUGGUCCAGAGGGAUGAGGAAGGGGGAAGAAACACACUGUUGAAAUAGUGACUUUACUUUAAGGCUAUUCUGCUACCCUUUCAAUUGUUAUAAUGAGCAUUAUUUUAAAUAUAAUUGUAGCUAAUCCAAAGUACAGUGAGGCAGUUGGUUGUAGAUGGCUUCAAAGUAAGUUACUGAUAAAAGUGAGCAAAUCAGCCCUCCAGUCCCCAGAUCCACUUGCACUUUUUAUUUAAAAGUAUUAUGAACAAACAAGCAAUGAAUUGUAAAUCAUAGACAAUCUUACCUUUUCAUGCUGGCUUAAUCAUUUAAAGGCAAACGGAUACAUUUAUAAGCACCUAUUUGUUUUUAGUAAGCAUUUUUACUGUUAAAAAUGGUGGUCGAAGAGAACAUAGCUAAAACUCUUUCUAAAUUUAAACUGAGCAUGACACAGACAACAGAUGCCGUCAAUAGUUCUGUAAGACUUUAAUAUUUUUUGGGGGAAACUCUUUAUUGCUUCGCAUGUGUAAAGUGUUUGUACUAUAUUAUGAAACCAAUGCCUAAGUAUUAUAAAUUAUGUAAAGCAGUUGAGAAAUCAGCUUUCUUCAGUCUUUCUAUUCCUCACCCAUUGAUAGUGUCUCUGGGAUCUCCAACAAUUCUGUCCCUGCUUGUGAGGUCUUACAUUGCAAUCAGUGACCUCUUCCAGAAGAAGGUUGGGUGAUGCUCCCCUCCUAUCACAUCUGCAUUUCUGCUUGAAAUGACUGGUAGAUGUCACUGUUGGUGUGAAGCAUGUGGCUUGUCCAUUGAGCAGAUCACCUCUGCAGUGCACCCAAUCCUUGCUGGCUGAGGCACAAAACACAACAGGCAAAACCAAAUCCAAGUCACAUAUGGUACGUAGAUCGUUACCUCUUGGUUCCUGGGUCUAGCCCAAAUAACUUUUUUAAUUACUUGGUAUUUUUUUCAGCAAAUCAGCUUUUAGCUUAUGUUGUACUGUUUUUCUACAUUUCUAUAUCAACUAUAAAUGGACCGUAUCCUAUUAUGCUAUUUUCAUUAUUUAUUUUUAGUUUCCUCCAGAGCUAGUAGAGGACUUCUAAUUUUUUAAAGAAAGCACCUAAUAAAGUAUUUUCAAUAUUUGAGUUUGUUUUGAUAUGAAGUUAAGCCAUGUCUGUAAUAUUUGCUCCUGAUUGUAAUUGGCAGUCUACCAAUCUUAUUUUAGCUGAAGGAAAAUUCAAAGAAUAAGGAGGAAAUGAAACAGUUUAUAUUUCAGAUUAAAUCCUAUUCAGAAUCCUUGUUUCAAAGCUAUCCUCAAGCAAACUAUUUCACUAUUAUAGUAACUUGAUGUGAUAGAAAGCGUAUUCUGAAUGGGGUUAAUAGGCUUUAAUGAAACGUUGGGAUUAAAACUUCUUAAAGACCAAGAUUUCAAAACGUGGCCUCCGAUCUGUGGGUAUGCAGUCCUUCGAGUGUGCACUUCUGUUUGCUGCAAUAGCAUACACAUGCUCAAACUUCCUGCAUAUGCAGAUGGGUUACGAGCAUAUAAAGUCUAUUGCGUGUGCCCAAAAAUGGAGGCUGGUUUGAAGUCCCUGUGAAAAAAAUUGCCCUAAUAAAGAAUCUUACAAUAAAGACAGAAUAAUUAUGUAUUGGUGUGCAGCAUGGUUUAACCUAAAAUAUAUAAUAUGAUUGAAAUCUUUGUGUGGAAUUUGAAGCAAUAGAUUAUAAUCAUAAAGUUUUAAGUUUUGUAAAAGCUCUGAUAGUGUUAUAUCAAAGCAGGCUAGCAACUGAGGACUUAAUUAUAUAUUGCUACUCAAAGCCCUUGCACAAUGGCAAUUAUUGAAUGCCGAACUUGUUUGAAAGUCUUGCUGUGUCUUCAGUUAACCAGCUGGCAGGGUUCUAAUAAAUAACAGACUGGGAUGUGGUUAUCCCCUUAAUGAAGAGAGAUUAAAUUUUUUUGAUUUAAAAACUAGUCCAAAAAAGAUGUCAAGCAGUAUACUCAUCUGGCACUUCAGUAUGCUUUUGUAGCAGAGUGCCCUUUCAGGAUAACACAAAAUAUAUUCCUCUUUUAGGGUUGGGUGGUGUUCACUUGGAAGCAUCAGCAGCUCACCAUUUUGUAAUGCUGGUUUUGUAAUCUUGUGUUAUCACUGUAACCUCACACUGAAAAUAUUUUGUACCCUUCAAUUACAAGUGAUAACUUUUUGUUCCAGCUUCUUAUCUAAAAAUAAGAUUCAGUAUAUACUUACAGUAGGCUCUGUCAAGCUGCUACUACACACCAUAUUUUGUUGUCACAUGGUUGCAUGGUGUCACAGUUCUACUUGCAAACUGUUGAUGUUGGCAGUACUUCAGAUGUCUCCUUCCCUAUUCCACCCCAAGGCAUUAGGUGCCUUCGCUAUCUUUAAUAUGUUCCCCUGCCUUGGAUUUCUUCAGGCUUGUUAAUAGUGUUUGAGCAUAAGAAUUUUAUUGUAAAUCUGACAAGUUUUCAGACAUUGACCAGCA